GGCCUGGAGAACCGUCAAUCCCCAGAGGAGCGCCGGAAGCUGGACGGUCUGUAUGAGUGCAUUCUGUGCGCGUGCUGCUCGACGUCGUGCCCGUCGUACUGGUGGAACAGCGAAGAGUACCUGGGACCGGCGAUUCUGCUGCAGUCGUACCGGUGGCUGGCGGACUCUCGGGACGAGAAGAAGGAAGAGCGCAAGCAGAUGCUGAACAACAGCAUGAGCGUGUACCGAUGCCACACGAUCCUGAACUGCUCGCGGACGUGCCCGAAGGGACUGAACCCGGGCAAGGCGAUUGCGGAGAUCAAGAAGAUGCUGGCGUUGUAA